CAGUCGGUGGCUGGUCGGCGUAGCGUAAAGAAGGGAGGACCCUAAGCCUUAGUUUAAACGCCGGAUACGCGACUGGUGUGAAAAGUUGGAAACUGUGUUCGUUCGGAAUUUCCGUUGCCGUAAAGAUGAUUUCAAAAUGACAGUUGCGCCAGCAAAGUUAACCAAGUUGAAGAUGACGGCCAAGAAGUCCUUAUGAAAAUGGAAUCCACUGAGAUUGAAGCAUCCAGUGUUGACUGUGGCGGGACCACUGCCAUCUUUAGAAGUGCGGCAGACAUGCCCAAUACCGAGCAAGAAUCCUCGUUCAUAGACGGCGAAGCCGGGAAUGAAACCGGGAAUAACGGGAACGGUGCCACCGAGGGGUCAAAUACCGCCCCGCUAUUCAGUUUCGACGAGGACGGCGACAUCCUCCCCCGGGAGAGACCUUUCACUCCAAACAAUAGCGUCGAGAGCGAGUGCGAGAGCACUUCAGCGCCCCCAUCCCUGGGGCCAAGUGAUAAUUCGGUCUUAGUGAACCAGGACCUCCGAGAUCACUCUAGAGUCGUGUCAAAGGAAAUUCAAAUAAUAGAGAACGGUUCCACGCCCUCGACGCCCAAGCCCUCCUCGUCGGGACGUCGACGAAAAAUGGGCGUGAUGAAGAGUUCAAGCAGCACGUCUUCCAUCGACGGGGCUAAUCCUCAGGCGGCGCCCGUCGGCGGGGACGUGGUCACCACACCCGGAGGAACCUCAACGAAUCCCCAGGUCAGCAUCGUUCUCGAGCAACCCUCGACCUCGGUUCCUAAAAUCGAUUUCCACGCUCCGUCCAUAGAAGUGGUGGAUGACUAUCUCGAGGGCCACUUAGACGAGGAUAGUCAGCUGAGAGAUCUGUACUCGUCUCUCUUGGGUGACCCAGGAUUCGUCGGAGGGCAGCUGCGAUCUCCCUCGAGAAGCUGUGUCAGCCUCCUGAGCGCGACGCCGCAGGACACGGCUCCCAAGAGGCAACGUGUCCCCUUCAGCACCGUCGUGUUCACUGAGAGGAAGCCCUCCACUGGAGACGCCCUCAUACAGAGCCUGGGCCUGAGCGCCGACGGCGCGGACACCAUCCAGGACAUAGCGUCGAAGAACCAGGGCGCUGCCAGGGAACGACUCCAGUUAGCGGAAGGAGGAGGCCCCGUGGAAGCCGUGGGACUCACUAGUCACUGCGAGUCAUGCGGAGUCUCUCCGGAGGACUGCCUGAAGAAACUCGGCCUCCAGACAGACAGAGAAAGGCUCCUCAGCCCAUCCCCGAAGAGCGAGAAGCUCUGGCAACUCUUCCAGCAGAUCCAGGCGGGAUUCGCCCGCCCCAUCCGGAGCCGGAGACCGUCCGGGUCCGAGCCGGAGCUGGACAUCGUGAGGCCGGACGAAGACCGGCCGGGUGUCACCGUGCCCACCAAAAGCAGGAGCCUGGAAGCCUCGCCACUGCAUUCGCCCUUGAAUGAUAUGAGGAAGCCUAUGUUGAAUACUGUCUGAUAAAUGUUUUCCUAUCUCUACUAUUAUUUUUCUAUUUUUUUCUGUACUUACUCCGUCUUCCUCAUCUUUCAUGCCUCUUCUUUAAUUUUUCUGUAUCAUCCCCGGUAUUGUUUUAUAUUUCCUGUCCAUAUUCCUUCUUCCUCGUCCUUUAUACCCAUUAUAUCUCCUUAUCAUCCUCCUAGAGUCCACUGAGGAUCGUCCCAUCUUUUAUUGUUUCCUCUCCUUCUUCCUUCUGCCUCACCCUUCAUAACCUAUUUUCAGUCUUUCCUUAUCAUCCUCCUCAUACCCAUUGAGGAUCAUCUCUUCUUUACUCUCCGAAGAAUUCAUGGUGAUGUAAUCCCCUCUAUUAUUUUGUUUUCUGUUCCUAUUAUUUCUCCCUUGUCCUUUAUACCUAUUUCCUAUCCUUCUUCAUUAUCCUCUUCAUAUCCCACUGAGGACCAUUUCUUCCUUACUCUCCAAAGACUGUAUGCUGAUGUUGUAUAUAUAUCCUGUAUAUGAAUAUGUACUAUAUCCUGAUUGACUAAGAGUUAAUGAAGAUGAUAAUAAUUGUAAUAAUUUUAAUGAUAAGGAUGAUGAUGGUGAUAAACAUUGCAUUUUAUGAAAAUAAAAAGCUUAUGUGA